UUAUUAAGAGGGAAACGAGGAAAGGGUUUAAACUCGUGACUUCGUGUAGGGUUUUUGGUUUAGGGCUGAAGAACGGGAAGAAGCAGGUAGACGAUCUGCGACCAUGUAUCUCCAGUUCUACAUAAACGAAAAUGGAGAUAAAGUUUACACAACCAAGAAAGAAUCACCACUUGGACUGGCCACACAAUCUGCUCAUCCAGCUCGCUUCUCCCCUGAUGACAAGUACUCAAGGCAAAGAGUUCUUCUGAAGAAGCGCUUUGGAUUGUUGCCAACACAAAAGCCACCUCUGAAGUAUUAAUAAAUUUUAUGCUUCCAACUGGUUUACAAUCUCUCUUGGUAGUUCGUGUGGUUUUGGAACUUUCUUUUCUAUAUGGCUGAAAUUUAAGUUUUUGGUCUUUUGACAACCUUCCAGCUUGAAAAAACUCUCUUUUAGCGUAAAAUGAAUGGUAAAUGAAGUAUUUAAUGAGUAAUGACUGAAAUUAACUGCAUCUAUGAGAUAACUUGUUGUUGACUUUCAAGAAGUGCCAUCUGGAGGAGUUUGAGGAUACUACAUUUUUUUCA